AUGGCGGAAAUUCCCAACUCUUGGGCACCGCCCGCAACUGCACCCGGCAGUGGUGCCAGAAGCGCCCGAACUAAGCGCACAGAGCAUUCGUCUUCGCACAACAGCGAGGCAGGCGAGUUCCAAGUCUCAAAUGUCCGGUUCCGCGCCGCGGCGCCUCCUGCCUUUCCAUCGCCCAUCCAGACGGCCUGGAACCACCCCGCCUGCCAGCUUAUUCGCACAGCCUUCGGCCCGAAGCUCGAGCGUGGUGUCACCGAAAUAGUCUUGCGCAGCAACAUCAAACUCAAGUAUCCGGAAGACCCUGCCCAGAUUGUAUUCCGCUAUGUCGAAGGCGAGGAAGAGUCGACGGGGCAGCCCACGGUUGUUGUGAUAGCGAGGUGGGAUGAGGCGUGUGGCCCCGAGUGGGAGCGCACCGUCAUCGAGGCGAAGCGAUUCAUCGAUGGGGCAAAGGUCGCCGCCACGGGCAAACUCGAUCAUCUGGAUAUCGGGGUCGAGCUGAUCGCGCCAGAGUUGACGCGCACGAAAUUCGUCUCCUACAUCCCGGAGACAGAGUCGACAAAAGCACUCGCUACCGACUGGGAGGCCAUUCGGGCCAAGGUCAGCCGGAUCCUGGGCGCAUACCCGGCCACAAAGGGGAAGGUGACGAGCAUCGCCUUGUUCAAGCUAGGGUUCUCGGAUGAAGACCGAGAUAAAAACCAUUUGACGAUAUAUAUCUCGGUCAGCUACGAUUCGCCAGAGGCCAGGUGGUCCCCGGCCAUCCAAGAGAUCCAGCAACACCUCGACAGUUACCCGUACGGGUUGACGGCGCAUAUCGAGCAUAAUGACCUCAACUCCCCCUACGAAAGCUUCGACUUGUUACUGAAGCCGUUGACUGACGAAAGGCUUAAGUGUAAACAAGGCCUCGAAUUCCACACGACUCGGGAGUACAAGACCAGGGUAGAGCUGGGCGAGGACAUCAGCCCUGCGACAUAUCUCACGGCAGACAGCGGGGAGAAGUUCAUGCCCAGGAUCGGCACCUUGGGCUGUUAG